GAAGAGCUCUGCUUGCUGUGGCAGAGACACACGGAUACAGUACAGAGGAAGAGGCUGCAAAGGCUGAGCUGGCAGAAGAUUCCCAGCACAAGGAAUGCACCCACUGAGCUCCAGCAUUUAGAUUCCAAUCUAAACACUACUCUAAGAGGAUUGAUUUUAUCAUCAACUGUGCUACCCGGGAUCUAUAGCUACCUAAAAAUCAACCCUCUGAUCAUCUGAAUAAUCUGUGUGGACCAUUGUCAUCCGCAAACAUAAUAACAGAGUGGAGAGAGCAACGUGGGAAUCGGAUUGCAUUUGCACUGUUUAUUUUUGCAUUACACAGCCUUUGAUAAUUUUCCACUUUGAAUUGGGAUUAUUCCUAUUGACAGACUUAAUUCUGGUUACCUCCCCCUCCUCAAGUAUAAUUAUACCCUCCUCCUUCAUUUUUGUAUUAUUUCCUUCCUACUAUCGUCCUCCUGUGUCUUGUCCGUUUAAUAAUUUCACCAAACCUCUACUAAAAUCAACACCAACCCUUCCUCCUCUUUGACCCCAUUCACCACCCCCUUGUUAAGACAUCAGAACUCAUGGCAAUCACCAUCGGACUAGCGAGACCAUUGUGACUUUGAUUUCCACAUUGACUACAGCCACCAGUGUUCACCAGGAAGGAUCAGUCGUUGAGAGUACUGCAUAAUGAUAGUGAAGGUUGUACUGAAUUCUGCACUUGGACAUAAUUAAACAUAUUCAGACAAGGGUGGUGGAAAAGAAAGUUAUAUAUUAUCAUUGCAACAGGAAGGAGAGGCUGUUAAGCAAGUUUCAUCUCUAUGCAUGUCGGUGCCAUUCACAACUUCCAUGGGGGGAAAUCCUUUAUAUUGGCUCAUCUAACUGCACGCUACAUGAGUUUCAUUCUUAAUUGCCUUAUUGAACCCCAAGUAUGCUGCUUCUGAAUCAGUAAAUCAAUAAAGACACCAGAUGAAUUCAAGCAACUUGCUGAAAACAGAUUGAGUGCAAAUUCAAGCAUUGCAAAGCAGAGACAAGGCAUUGCUUAAUAGCCAACGGGGAAAAUACUUUGGUUUUUGGCAUUGGCGUGUUCUGUCCCUGUAGAAGUGAGAAUCAAGAUUACAGAAGCAAACUGAUUAAAUAAAGAAGAGAACAGUAUAUUGUCAAAGAAAAGUGCCCAAAAUGAACUCCAAUGAUGCAAAUACACCAGAUGGAGGACUUAAUGUCACAUUGACCAUACGGUUAUUAAUGCAUGGAAAGGAAGUUGGAAGCAUCAUUGGGAAGAAAGGUGAGACAGUGAAGAAGAUGAGAGAGGAGAGUGGUGCACGAAUCAACAUAUCAGAAGGGUCCUGCCCAGAGCGAAUUGUAACAAUAACAGGACCAACAGACGCAAUUUUUAAAGCAUUUUCAAUGAUCGCACUAAAAUUUGAAGAGGACAUCAAUGCUUCCAUGACAAACAGUACAGUGACAAGUAAACCACCUGUAACGUUACGUCUUGUCGUCCCUGCAAGUCAGUGUGGAUCUCUUAUAGGGAAAGGAGGAUCUAAAAUUAAAGAAAUCAGAGAAUCCACAGGUGCUCAAGUUCAAGUAGCAGGGGACAUGCUACCCAAUUCAACAGAGCGUGCAGUUACUAUAUCAGGAACUCCCGAUGCUAUUAUUCAGUGUGUUAAACAGAUUUGUGUUGUCAUGUUAGAGUCACCCCCAAAAGGAGCCACUAUUCCUUAUCGGCCAAAGCCUGCCUCUGGACCUAUUAUUUUUGCUGGAGGCCAGGUAAGAGCGGAUGCAAUUCUGGCCUCAGCUGGAAAUCACACCAUCCUGGCUCAACAUCAACAUGCACCUGCAUUUGCAAUUCAGGGGCAGUAUGCUAUUCCACAUCCAGACUUGACCAAGCUUCACCAGUUGGCUAUGCAGCAUACCCCUUUUACUCCCCUUGGGCAGACCACCCCUGGUUUCCCUGGAUUGGAUGCCACUUCUCCAACCAGUUCUCAUGAAAUUACUAUCCCAAAUGAUCUAAUAGGAUGCAUUAUUGGUCGACAAGGCAGCAAAAUAAAUGAAAUCAGGCAGAUGUCAGGAGCACAGAUCAAGAUUGCUAAUGCAUCAGAAGGCAAUGGAGAAAGACAAGUUACGAUCACAGGAUCCCCAGCAAAUAUCAGCUUAGCACAGUACCUCAUUAAUGCCAGCUUAGAGAUGGCUAAACUGAGCACCCAGACAUCUUCCGUCACGACCCCUGUUGACCUCAACAUGAACCUCUCUCAGUCUGCCAUCCCUUCCUCCACCCCAACCUCUAUGGCUAUGUUGGCGGCAGCUGCUGCUGCCUCCGCGGUUAACGUCAAUUCCCCUUCCCCCCUACCAACUUUACCGACCACCCACUAUGCUGUUCCUGUCUCCAGUCUGCUUGGCAUGAAAACUGUCCCACUCCUGGCAUUAAAUGCAGCGGCCACUGCGGGGGCCACUGGGAAUUUACCUGCUUAUACUGCCAAAAUUCCAUCGACAAGUGGGGUUAAGAAAUCUGACCGACAGAAGUUUGCUCCCUAUUGAAGGCAUGAAAACAAAGCUUUACCAAGAUUGUGUGGUAGAUUACUCAAAAGGAAUCAACAUGGCAUUCUUUUUUCUGUUUCAUUUCUUUUCUAUGUUAAAUUGCUUAAGUGUUUAUUGUUGCUGAUUCAAUUUAUCCUAUUUCCAUGACUAUUACCCUUAAAUAGUAACUAGUUCCAAUAGCAUAUGCUUUAUAAGUUUUAACAUUUAUUUAUAAGUUGAUUUUAUGUUUCAUACUGUUUUUCUUUUUAUUAUGUAUUUUAAGGCUGCUCUGGGUGCUAAAUGCAUAAAAUGUCCUGGUAUGUUUGCCUUAUAAAGUUUAGUGUUAGAAAAUAUUACAUGUUACUUUUUAAAACUAAAAACUUUUUCAAACAACAUAUACAAAUAAUACACCUUAUAUAAUAGAUUAAAUCAACAAUGUUUGAAAUGUAAUACAUCAGUAAUUAAAAUAAAAGAGAUGUUACUUUAAAAUAAAAGCCUAAAGUAGGUCCUUAAAUAACUAUGGCCACUAAGUGAUAUUCACUGGUCCUAUCCUAAGAGUAUCACAAGUAUAUUCAUGCCUAUAUCAAAAAUAAUUUACAGACUAGUUCUCCAAACAGAUCACUUGGAAAAACUAACUUAAGUAAAUGUUAAUAGUUAGAAGUUGCUUUAUUUUUAAUCUGUUGAGUGCAAAUCAAGUUUUGUAAUCACUUUAGUGCAAUGUGGAUUUAAAUAUAAAGACAAAUGUUUAAAUUCCAGUGCUACUUUUGUCUGUUUAGUAAUAGUGGGUGUAUUUGUAUUACCUAAGACACUGUUUUUUUGUUUUUGUUUACUAGAUGCAUGUUAAUAUUUAACUUCCGUGCAAAUGAAUGACAUAAAAAUCCACAAGUAUAAUAAACAAAAAGUCAGUAUUAGCCUGUCAUCUAGUGGUCAAUUUUGAUAUAACUUUGUUAACUACAGUAAUAUACUGAAAUAAAACAUCAGAAGAUAAGGAAAUAAUUAUUUGUGUUGGCUCAAAAAUUGAAUGUAGCUCAUAUUUGCUUUUAGAUGCAAAUGUUUGUAGUUGCUUUUUAUUAGCAACUAUGCUUACAUUCUAAGACUGUAGUACUGAAUACAGAAAGGUCAACAUUUGGUCUGCAAAAAUAUAUUCUAUUAAUGAUGUAGGAAUGCAACUUGUGGCUAAUUAAAUCAUCUCAGUUUAAAUAAAAAUAAUAUCUUUUAAAAUAUUACAUUGUGGGCUGUAUGUAAUGGUUAAUUGCUAAUAUAUUUGACAUAAUAAAAUUGGCCAUUAACAAAGUAAAUAAAAUAUUGAAUACAAAAACACUGUAUACAUAUGCAUAUUAUACAGUAUCUAACACUAACUUGUUACACAAAGAAUAAUACUGUAUAUACUAUGUUAAUUUCUAACAGUCUGUUAUGCCUCUCAGCUCCUAUAUGUGUUUAUCCUCUUAGUGAAACCUUACAUUUUACACAGCAUUUCAGUCAUGGCUGAAUCAGGAUGGUUAUGUUUCAACACAUGUAGUUUAACCUGUAAAAUAAACAAUUUAGACUUAUUUUAAGAAUUUUUCUAGAUUGUCUCAUUGAUAAAAGUAUAGGACAAACUUUGUAGACAAACAUGCAUUGAAUGUAGUUACCCAAUGUGAUCAUAUGGAACAAUAAUUAUAUUUAAGUAAAUAAUUUGCUGCAAUUUUAAUUUA